UAAUAAUCACGAAUUUCUAAAAGCACUGGUCACCGGUCAAAAGGAAAAAUUAUUUCGAAGUUCUGAUUGUGGAUUAAUGAAAAUGACCCGUCUCUGAUUCGUCGAUUGCCGCCUGCCGGUUUGUACUCAGUCAAUCGCUUUAAUUCAAAUGGGAGUUUGGUGUCGAGUAAAAAAUCUUUUAUUUGGCGUGGCUAUUGGACGCACAGUAAUUGACACGUUUGGUUCUGUGGCCAGAGUUGAUGGAAUUUCUAUGCAACCAACAUUCAAUCCAAAUACCACAGUGGACUUUGUGUUCCUAUCGUAUAUUCCAGUGCGAUUUGAUUCUAUUAAGCGCGGUGAUAUUAUUGUAGCCAUAUCACCUAGAAAUCCAAACGAAACAAUUAUUAAGCGUGUAAUCGGUGUUGAAGGUGACGUUGUACUAUCAAAAAAGAAGAAUAAUACUUCAAGGAUACAAAAUUUUAUUCCUAGAGGAUAUUAUUGGAUUGAAGGUGAUCACAAAGGCCACACAUAUGAUUCUACUAGUUUUGGACCUAUUUCUAAAGGACUUGUUGUUGCUAAGGUUUCAGUUAUAAUCUGGCCUCCUAGUAGAUGGCAACUACUCCAAUCUCAAGUUCAUAAAUAAGAGUUAACAAAUUCAAGACAUCGUUACUUAUCAAUUCGAGUUGAAAAGGAUAAUUAGCAUCCAGUAUAUUUGACCACAAAUUAUGGCUUGAAGAAGAUAGCAUAAUAUUUCAAGUUUAAAUAGAUGUAUCUAUUUAAUAUAAAUAAUAUAAUAUUAAUUUUAUGGUUUUGUAAGGUUGUAAUCACAAAAUAUUGCUAAUAUUUUAAACAAUGGUACUUUUCAUAUAUACCUAUAUAUAUUUAUAAUAUAAUAUUAUUUGUGUUUAAGCUCGCUACAAAUAAUUUUGUGGUUAAAAAACUCUAAGCAUUAUAUUAUAUCUAUAUAAACAAACAGGGUUAUGGUAGUUUGAUAUAUAAAAUAUUUGAUACUUUUAGAAUUAAUUGAAAUUUAUGUCUUCAUAUUAAAAUUAUAGAUACAUUAUUCAUUUUUUUAUGUUAUUUAUUUAGUAAAAUUAAACUGUAUUAUUAUAUUAGUUACAAGUUUACAACUUUGAAUUGUAUUUUGAAGAAUACUGUUGUGAUUAUAAAGAAUAUAUACAAUUUUAUUAUAAAUAGAAAUAGAGAACAUAUGAGAAAUUCACAAUGUUAAAAAAAAUUGUUUAAUUAUUGUUUAUUUAUGAAGUCUGAGCUUAAAUAUUUAAAUAAUUAAGUUACCAUAAUUUUUUAUUUAUAUUCAUUUGUGCAUAAAAGUCCUGGUUACCCCUUAAAUUUGUUGAUUAUAACUCAU